AUUUUGAUAUUUCGUGUUUGCGUACUGCAUUGAACGAAAAUUCAACUACACUGAGCUUUCACAUGGAGCCGCCCUCUCCAAUAAAUUUUCAACUGCUAUUAUUAUUAUUAUUAUAUAAAUAAAAGAGCAGCAGAGGGGAAAGAGAUCGAGUUUACAGCAAGCAUGGACAAUGACAGCAUUGUAGAGAGGCUUUUGGAUGGAAAAGAAGCUGUUGAUUUGAAAGCAAGAAUAUGUGAAGAAUCGAAGAAAAUAUGGAGGAUUGCCACGCCAAGCGUGAUCGCAAGAGUGAGCUCUUUCGGCACCAUCGUCGUCACGCAAUCUUUUAUCGGCCACAUCAACGCCGUCGAUCUUGCCGGCUACGCUCUCGUCCAAACUCUUAGCGUCCGUUUCGUCAACGGCAUACUGAUUGGGAUGUCGAGUGCAACGGAGACUCUGUGUGGGCAGGCAUUCGGGGCGAAGCAGUAUGAGAUGAUGGGAAUCUACCUGCAGCGCUCAUGGCUCAUUGAUCUCAUCACACUCACUCUCUUGCUCCCUGUUUUCGUCUUUGGGGCGCAGAUCUUCAAGCUCGUUGGGCAAGAGAAAGGGAUAGCGGAAUCUGCUGGCUACAUCUCUCUCUGCUUCAUUCCAUACGUAUACGCACUCAUUUUCAAUUUGACCAUACAGAUGUACUUGCAAGCGCAGCAGAAGAACAUGAUUGUUGCCUGGCUAUCGGGUAUGCAGUUUGUGAUCCACGCUGCGUUUUCUUAUCUUUUUGUGUAUGUUUUGGAUUUUGGAUUGGGUGGCGCUAUGGCUGCGCUAUGCAUAUCUUCUUGGUUUCUUGUUUUGGGGGAAUUUGUGUACAUUUUCGGAGGUUGGUGUCCGGAGACAUGGAGAGGUUUUAGUAUGGCAGCCUUCAAGGAUAUAUGGCCAGUUGUGAAGCUCUCACUAUCAUCUGGUGUAAUGAUAUGUCUGGAGCUGUGGUACUACGCAAUUCUGGUGUUGCUGGCUGGAUACAUGGCAAAUGCACAAGUUGCAAUAAAUGCAUUUUCCAUUAGCCUCAAUAUAGUUUCUUGGAUGUUGAUGUUCAUCAUGGGCAUUAUGGGUGCUGCAUGUGUUCGGGUUGGAAAUGAACUGGGGAGAGGGGACGCGGGAGCGGUGAGAUUCUCAAUCAAAGUGCUAAUGGGCACCUCUACUUCAAUAGGCCUCUUGUUUUGGAUCAUCUGCUUCCUAUUCAGCACCAACAUUACAUAUCUCUUCACCGAUGAUGAGGCAGUCAUCCACACAGUCUCUCGGCUCUCACUUCUUCUAGCAUUUUCGGCCUUGUUUGCUAGCAUUUACCCGGUCCUCUCUGGUAAGUUUUCACUCCCAAAUACAGAUUUUGUUGUGAAUGUUGAGAUCCCAUUUUGUGUGUGUUUGUGUUGUCUGCUAGGUGUGGCUAUCGGAUCGGGUCUGCAAACGAAGGUGGCGGUCAUAAAUUUGGUUUGUUUCUAUGGAAUUGGACUGCCGGUAGGAGUUGUGCUUGGAUACGUGCUCCAUCUUCAAGUAGAGGGGAUAUGGUUAGGGCUUGCCUUUGGGGUUCUAACUGAGACUUGUGCAAUGAUCUUCUUGGUUUGGAAAACAGAUUGGGAGAAACAGGUGUUGAAGACUUCAGCGCGGCUAAAGAGAUGGAACUUGGAAUAAUUUGAUUAUGAAAAUCAUGCGUUUUCAGUUGUAACUUGGAAUGUUUCAUGAUAUGAUAAUUGUGUAAAAUCUUGAUUUCCCAUAUUAGCAAAUACCGUGUACUGGUUUACAUGAUAA